AUCAAAAUAUUAGACACACCUGACAUUUAUUAAUAUUUUUAGCCUCAGUUAUCACAAAAACCAAAUAUUUUUGCCCAUUUCGUUCACUUUUACAUAAUUUGAGCCAGGCAGAAAUUUCGUCACAAAAAUACGUCAAAACCGAAUUGAAAAACAAGCUCCGAUAAAGAGUCUCAAAUUAUCACUUUUACAUAUACAAGGUUACACGCUUAUUGUUGAUCAGUUGAUCUGAUGCCAGUCGAAGGUAUGCCGCCCAUCUGAAACCACCAGCAAAAUGAAUAGUCUAUUCAAAAUCACAAAAACGCUUACUAGCAACAAUUUACGAAAUAUUUACACCGUCGCGAAAAAACUCCAACAAGCACAACCCCAUCUCGAAGCCACCCCUUUAGCAGUGCAACCCCUAACCACUCUCACUGAAGAUGAGUUGGCCAUGAAGGAGACCGUCGCCCGCUUGGCGCAAGAACAAAUCGCACCCCAUGUUCGCGAAAUGGACAAUGAGGGGCGGUUUAAGGAUUCCAUCGUGGAGAUGUUGUUCUCCAAUGGGUUGAUGGGCAUCCAAAUCGACCCGGAUUAUGGAGGUGCUGGGUGUAAUUUCAUGACGACGGUUUUGACGGUAGAGGAGUUGUCCAAGGUUGACCCAUCGUUGGGCAUUUUGGUCGAUCUCCAAAACACCCUUAUCGCUAAUGUUAUCAUCAGGUUCGGGAAUGAAGAACAAAAGAAAACGUAUUUGCCACGUUUGGCCACAAAUACGGUUAGCAGUUUCGCUUUAACCGAACCAUCAUCAGGUUCCGAUGCUUUUGCUCUUAAAACAAUUGCUAAAAAAGAUGGUUCCGAUUACAUUAUCAACGGUUCGAAAAUGUGGAUCUCAAAUUCAGAUUUAGCCGGCGUGUUCCUAGUCUUAGCCAACGCUGAUCCUUCGAAAGGCUACAAAGGCAUAACUUGCUUCAUCGUCGAACGCGAUACUCCCGGUUUUACAGUAGCAAAACCCGAAAAAAAACUAGGAAUCGCCGCUUCAGGUACUUGUAUGCUCACAUUCGAUAAUGUGAGAGUGCCAGAAUCUGCUAUUUUGGGCGAAUUUGGAAAAGGCUACAAAUUGGCGAUUGAAACUUUGAAUGAAGGAAGAAUCGGAAUUGGGGCACAAAUGAUCGGUUUGGCUCAAGGAUGUUUCGACGCGACGAUUCCAUAUACGAUGGAGAGGAUGCAGUUUGGUAAACCGGUCUUCAGUUUUCAGGGAAUGCAACACCAAAUCGCUCAGGUAGCGACAGAAAUUGAAGCAGCUCGACUUAUGGUCUACAACGCGGCAAGAAUUCUUGAAAGUGGUCAAAAUUACACGAAAGAAGCUGCAAUGGCAAAAUGGUACGCAGCCGAAAUUGCACAAAGGGCUUGUAUAAAAUGCAUUGAUUGGAUGGGUGGCGUAGGAUUCAGUAAAGAUUUUAUUCAAGAGAAAUUUUACAGAGAUGUUAAAAUUGGAAGCAUUUAUGAAGGAACAUACAAUAUUCACUUAAGCACAAUUGCUAAGCUUAUUGAAAAGGAGUACAAGAACUGAGUGGCUUAUUUUUAAGUGUUUUUUUACGUAUUUGUAAGGAAUAAAUAAUUAAAAAUUAAAA